AUGAGUGGAACCGACGUCAACCUCUCAUUGGCAUGCCCCGACUUCAGCAGAAUCGCAACCGCUGAAUCAGCCCAGAAUAAUCUCGACAGCAAUAACGAGGUCUCCUUCCACGGCUACACGACAUCCGUUAUCGCCAGCAGUGGCUUCCCGAGCUUUCGAGUCGACUCUGUUGACUCUCGCCUCCGGCGGGGCUUAGCGAACGCCCUACACAUACGUCCCAGACAACGGACUUGGAAGGUGGCUUACCUUCCAGAGCUAGAAAAUUGCAGUAGAGGGUCAAUUCAUACCGUGCCCGGGCUGUCGAACUCUGAUGCUGCCUCGGUCCUCAGCAAAGCGUGGCGGGGAGUAGGUGGCAACCUGCGAGAGCAAGCGCCGCGCCUAGCCUCCAACCUCCAAGAUAUGGGAUUGACUUUUCACCAACGUGCCCAGCAGGAAAAAUUGGACAGGUAUCGUGACAAAUUGAUCGCCAAAAUUUUGAAGCUGUAUCAGAACAGGACGUUCAGGGUUGCAGACUGGGACACGUCGGAUGACUUCGCCAACGCCACUCAUAGUCGUAUCCGCGAGAUCUGCCUGUGGUACAAUGUGGCCAACCCUGAUGAGAUCGACGAGGAAAUCAAGCGAUUGACAAAGGCGAUACUGAAGCACAUCAAGAAAAGACCGGAUGGAGAGUUGGUUGAAGCGGUUGUGAAAGGCGCAUUUGGGAAAACUGGUUAG